GCAUAAUUUUCUACACGACCUUAAUUGACAACCUAUGAUUCCCAUAGGUGGUAUGUUAACAAUUCUCACAGCUAAACCUAAAGAAAAGAACUCAUUUUGAGGAAACAAUCCCGGCCCACGAUGGGUAACUUUUGUCUUAGAAAAGCGUCAACAUGUUCAGUUCUUUUAACUCUUAUGGGCGCGUUAUGGAAUCUGCCAUUCAGCAUCAGAGGCGAAACAUGCGAUUCCAAUAUAACAAUCAGACCCGUUGUGGACAUCUCUUCAAGUCCAGAAAACAGCACAUUAGCCAUUGGUGUCUCCAUUACCCUGAAUUGUACAGCGCAGCCCAGAGCGAUAGAUAUUGGAUAUAAGGAUAGAUGGGUCAAGUAUAUCGAGUGGUACGAUCUACAGGGUAAUGAAGUGGGAUCUAAAUGCCAGCAGCCUUCAAACAAACGUAAAUUAAGCUGCCCAUUAGUACUUAAAAAUCUGACAGUUGACAAAUUUGGCCGUUACACUUGCCAAGCGGGCAAUGGUUACUCAAGCCACUGCACAAGGAAAUCAUUUGAAAUCCAAGUCCAUGCGCCAGAGUUAAUAGGAGUUCCUCGGAACCAAAGUGCUGAUAUAGGGGCCAAUGUAACUUUCAACUGCACUGCCACAGGUCUUACUACGCCAAGCAUCUCAUGGAUCAAAAACAAUGAUUCAUUUGCCUUACAAUCCAACCCAAGGGUGACAUUCAUUAACGAUCCACUGGACGACAAAAGUACGCAAAGCCACUUGUUUAUUACAAGAGUAAAGGAAGAAGAUUUUGGCAAAUAUCAGUGUGAGGCAAAAAACAGCGGUGAUAAGAAUUUGUCUUUGCCGGCUUUUUUAACCCCGAAAGUUUCAGCUACAACUCAUACUUUCGUAUUCGUCAAGGAAGGAGCGCCAGAAAAUUCAGCAUCUCAGAUAACUAUAGUCGCUGUAUCAUGCACUUUGGUAGCUGCAGUUAUUUGUGUGGUCACUGGGUUUGUGUGGAAUCGGCGUAAAAAUUGUGAUAAGGAGGCACGAAAACGUACAACAAAAGUAUGCUUGGAAAAGGCCAAACAUUUGAUAAACACGAUAUAUGACCUUGAAAACAAUUGUUCUCCCAAUACCCAAGCCAUUGAGACCCCCGAGGAAAGGCUCCUGUUACUGGGGUACGGAUUAGGGGACAGAAGUCCUCCAGACGGAAGCGAGCAGGGUGAUUCUACACAGGAUGUAACAGAAAAUGGUCGAGAGAGAUUAGAAUCGGGUGGGAAGAUUGCUGGUGGUGAUAUUUUCACUGCUGAUAAAGGUGUUGACCUGAAUGCUGACGAACAGCGCGAUUGGAGAGAAAUAUCUCAAGAGACCGAAGAAAGAUGCGUAAACUUGGAAAAUCUUGAAGUCUGCAAUGAAAUACUCGGAGAGGGCGAAUUUGGGAUCGUCUACAAAGGGCGCUACGGUGGAAAAGACGGAAAUAUGAUAGAUGUAGCUGUUAAGAAGCUAAAAGACCCUAGUGCCAUUGCCAAAGAAACCCUGCUUAAUGAAAUAAGGACCUUAAAGAAAACUGGGAAACAUCCUAAUAUUGUCACUUUGAUUGGCACACGGAUAGAGAGAGGAAAAAUUCUUCUAGUCACUGAAUUGAUUCGUGGUGAAAGCCUGGAAAAUCUCUUGAAGGCUGAGAGGGCUCCUGCGGAAAGGAACAAUUAUCAAAACGUCCGGUGUAAGCUGAAUGACCGGCAGUUGGUUACAAUUGCACUUCAGAUCGCCGAAGGAAUGCAGCACUUAGAAGAAAGAAAGUUUGUUCAUCGCGAUCUAGCAGCCAGGAAUGUUUUAGUUGAUGCCAACCUGGUGGCUAAAGUUGGAGACUUUGGAUUAGCCAGGGACAUAUCCGCUGCUGGUAUAUACACAGUGACCUCCAGCAAGGGGGGCAAGGUUGCGUGGAGAUGGUCGUCGUUAGAAUCUCUGCGGGAUCUGCAUUUUACAUCCAUGAGUGAUGUGUGGUCAUUUGGUAUCGUUCUAUGGGAAAUCGCCACUCAUGGUGAGUUGCCAUACCCAUACCCUGACAUCACAUCUCCAAUUGCCCUAGUAAGUCGACUGGCUACGGGAUACAGGAUGCCUCGUCCCGAUCAAUGCUAUGGAGAAUUAUAUGAGCUAAUGAGCUCUUGUUGGAAAGAAAAUCCAUUGAUGAGACCAGCCUUUUCAGAGAUCGCUCAACAGCUGCAAAAUAUUUUGCGAGAAGUGAAGAGGACAUAUACAAAUAUCAACGAUGGAGAAGCCUGAUGACGCUCUUAUGCCGAAGCAAAAAACUCACUCGAUUUGAUUAUCAAUAUAAAAACAACCACGAUAUCUCAAAUAAGUGCAUAAAUGUACUGAGGCCCGAUGAUUAUGCUUAUGAAAUCUGUGUGACCCAGAUGCUGUCGCUGACUAGGCUCCAAAAUUUCGAAUUCAAAUAUUUGUCUCCCUGUUAGUGAAGGUUUCGCAAUUAUGUAAGGAAAAUUGGAGCAAAGAAUAGACGUUGCUACCUGUGCUAUGUCAAUGAAUUAUUUGUUCUCAAUUUGUAUAGGAAGCACUUCUUUUGAAAUGUUCUAUAGUUGUAAGGCACUUCCGAGAAAUUUCAUUGGACUAACGUUAAUUAAGUCUCAUUUGUAUAUCAUCGCAAAUUUGCCUUUUAACUAAGGUGCGUGGUUAGGGUCCCCAACACUUAAAGACGCUUAUAUUAGAGAGCAAAUAGCCUGUUAUAACCUGAGACAUGUAGAAUCAAGUUUUAAUACCUUCUAUGGCUUCGAAUAAUGAUUUUAGCUCUGUAAACGAUGCCUGACAGCUAUCGAAACUCUAAACUGUAGGAAAGAAGUUAAGUUCAACAGAUGUAUAACUUAAGCUAAGUUCAACAGAUGUAUAACGUAAAGAUUCAGUUAUUAGGCAAUUUUCGGAUAAGAAAGGCAUAUCAAAUUAAGAAUUACGGCUACAGCAUGCGAGGUAGGUGUAUUUUUUGGCCAGCAAGCGUUCAGUUUCCUUUUAAGUAAAGUUCAAGUUGAUCGCUAACGUGGAUUUCAAAACCAGAUGGAGUUUGUAUAAAAAGACAAUUCAUUUUACUUUUCAGGGAAGAGGUGAGGGGAUCUAAUGGAAAGACAUUCGGAAAGAGGAGUCUAGGGGAAGGGAUAGAGUCUUGAGCCACUUUCUAACAUCAUUUUCGGGCUCGUGUAACUUUGUUGUCUUUGAAAAAUUUAGUAGUACUUACAAGCAACAAAGUGCACGAGAAAUCAUGUUGUUCGCUAUACUAACAUUGCAGUAUGUUUGAUUGUAGAUCAGCCGCAUCUUUUCCUUUCCUGUAUUCACUGUUUUUAAAUAAAGAAUAUGUGUUUACGCAAACUUUACUGCGCGAAGAUGAAACUAUUCACAUCUUGGAGAAGGUCUUUACUAAGACUCCAAGGAACCAGUUAUUCUUCUCGAACAAAAUUCUUCAAUAAAGUCCCUAAAGUCAAGUCAAAACCAAAACGAAGUUGAUUACAAGAUCUCGAAAAAAAAAUGAUUCCAGGACUAAGCAUUAAAAGUGCAAGAAAAUGUUCGUGUCUCGUGCUACAAGACGAAAUUAUGGUUUGGCCUAAAUAAUUAUUUAAAACUGAUUUAAAGAAGAAAAACGAAACGGUUAAAAUAAUAUCAUACGAACUCUUAAACAAAGGAAAAGUUAAUUCUUUAAAUCACUCUUCUUUUGGAAACCCGUAUCUUUUCCAUGUAAUCGCGAAUGUAACAAGUAACAAUUACUUUGUGAGAGUAGAAAUAUAGACUUUACCUGGUACCAACGUAAUCUUGAAUUAGGUCCAGUAUUUCCAGUCCUUUAGACGCACUAUUGCGGUAACCUUCUUCCCCCUAAGACAUUGCAAAAUUGAAAAUAGACUAAACAAUGGAAUACUGAAUCUUAGAGAACAAACAAAUGAUGACUCUGGU